AUGUCUAAGAGGAUAGCUGACAAUAUAGGCCUCACCAAGAUAGAGCCAUCAUCCAUCUCCAUCAACUAUGCUGAUUCAUUCUCACAAACACCCUAUGGCUUUGUGCCUAAUGUGAUGGUGCAGAUUGGAAAUUGCUCUAUCCCUACUGAUUUCCAGAUUGUGGAAAUGAGAGAGAGUAGCAUAGACCUCUCAUAUUUGGAACCCCUUUCCUGUCUACUGUGGGUGCCAUAUUUGAUUUCCCCAAUCAAAGAAUCUCUUUCAACAAGAAACAUCAAGGAAGAUCCCAUUCCUAAGCCCAAGCAGCUUGCCAAACAAGCAAGGAGUAAGACUAAGGCCCCUACACCAAAACCGCCCAAGGGAUCAACCAAGAUUGAAGAUGAGGCCAAGCCAAGAAAGAAGGUUAGAAAACCUAGGUCUGGCCGCAACAUGAAGCUUCUAUUCCCAAAGGAGCUUAUUGAUGAGAAUCUAGAAGGAUUCAAGGAGAAAGUGACAAGAACUCUAAAGCUUUUUCCUAAGGCAGUAGUGCCAAGGGACAUUCAUGGAGAGAUUGUCUAUCCAGCUGUGAAUCACCCACCAGAUACUCAUUGCAAGGAGAAAAGACUUGGAGGAUCAAAGAUGCCUCUUGUCUCUAUCUUCUCCUGA